CUCCUAGUUUCUUCAUUACCCCAUUGAAUCCCACUGGCAGGUUGUAAAUUAAGCGUGUUGCAAUAUCUCAAAGGGACCUUGUAUCAUGGCUUACUUCUUCUUGCACAGAAGCAUCUUUCCUUGCAUGGUUUUUCUAACUCUGACUGGGCAGGUGACCUUGAUUCUUAUAUUUCCACUAAUAGUUAUAUUGUUUUUCUUGGUUUUAACCGUAUCUCUUAAAAAGCUACCAAACAAUGAGUUGUGGCUCGUAGUUCAAUGGAGGCUGAAUAUCGUGCUCUUGCUGCUACCUCUUUUGAAGUUAUUUGGAUUUGGAAUCUGUUAGAUGAAUUGGGUAUCUUUUGCCUUGGUUCUCCUACCUUGUACUGUGACAACCUGGUUGGUGGAAAGAAAGGCUCUUCGGGUGGCACACAUCUCUUCCAAAGGAUCACCUUGCCGAUGGCUUUACCAAACAUCUCCCUAGCACUCAUUUCUUGCAGCUUCGAUCUUAGAUUGGCAUCACCGAUGGCUCCACCAUCUUGCGGUGGCAUGUUAAGGAUACUCAUCAAUGAUUGAAUCAAUCACACGAUUUGGGCAUUGCUGCAAAUAUGUGAUCAAUUAUUUGAUAUGGUCAUUAUUGCAGAUAUGGAUUCAGUGUACUAUAAAUGGCAAUCUGUUUGUAUUUCCUUUUGUAUAUGUCUUGGACAAAACUCUUCCACGUGAAGCCUUUGUAUAUAUAUUCAUUCAACUGUGAAUAAAAUAGUUGAGCCAUU